GAUAGUUUUUGCCACUCGUGAUUGUACGUACGAGUACCAGUACUGUCUCACAACUGAAACUCGAAACACUCGGAAGCAGGUUUGAAAGCAGGUGAUGGGUGAUCAAAUUGGGAAAAGAAUAAUAAUCAAAAAGCAAAAACCAAACUGAAGAAAACAUCGAAACCUUGAAUUGACGACGAAGACAAUGUASAAAAGUCUGCUUCGAAUCCGCUUAAGAUGACGCCAACGAACGUUGACUGGGAAACGCUGUGUGCAAUUUACGACGACGGAGAAAACGAACUARACUCUGAAGAGACGCUCGACGAGUACCACGAACAAAACAGCAACAAUAACAACGAUGAUCGCAAAGUAAGAUUAAAGGUCUCAGAAUUCUCGAAGGGGUUUUGCGGAACAGUGUACAUGAHACUGUCUUCCUCUAAGAUUGCGUUUGCUCGACUCGUCAAAAGUGAUGGGUCCUAUCGCUAUUUCACGAUAGACAAUCCUCCCAUAUUGAAAUUGGAUUUGCUCUACUUUUCUUGCGAGAACGCCGAUAAAGAAGAUAUUGUCCCUGGCGAGAAUGAUAAUAGCAAUUAUAUUGACCAUAACAAAAAUGACGAUUGGACUGAAUCAGAGAACGAUGGACCAUCUAAUCUCAGACUCACWUGGGAAUACUAUCCCAAGGAAUGGCCGUUGCUGGACAAGGAAAAAUACCGGUCUUCAUUGGCCAAAAGGUGCCAUGAAUUGUUGCGCGACGAAGGGAGUUUCUCUGUUUGUCAAUUUUUGGAGCACGAGGCCAUAUCCUUCUAUCAUGGGAAUCAUACGGGUGAUACAAACGSCAUAGCGACCGACGAGGAGGACGGUGAUGCACCUGUUACAAAUGCAUCGAACAGCUGGAAAACUUACGCCGACGAGAAUCACCCGGACUAUCUGCUGGUCAUCCUUCCUCCAAAGAUGGAUCAACUCUACUAUCCMACCAUYGGGUCRUUGCUGCAUCCCCGAAAGGAAGCAGCGUUGCUGGAAGAAGCGGCGGCGAAGAAAACUGCCGACGCCUCAAAAAAGGCAGUCGGUCGUAAAACAAUUGCUAACAAAAAGAAACCCAAACCGAAAAGUUCGAGCAAGAAGCCUCCCGUGGCCACCCGCGUUUGCAUCGACAACACCCUCGAUUUUGGCCGACAUGCCCUGCUCCAGAAUUGGAAGGACUUGUACCUGACUCGGUGUCCCAUUUGCCUCGAAGAAUCCAUUUUGUACAGCGACGGGGUGGUCUUUCCGUAUUGCCAGCACUACUGUUGCCGGGAUUGCUUCGACUCGUACCUCCGAUUCAAGGUGCAAGACCUCAAGCAACACCGGACCAAUCCCUUCCUUUGCCCCGUCGAAACCUGCAAGCGCGAGCUACCCAUGACGUUCUGCAAGCCCUUUCUKAGCGAAUCCGACACGGCCGCCGCCAGGGCCUGGUACAAGGAUCUGAAGAAUCCCCCCGCGUGGUCCCUCGAUCGSUGCCUGCUCACAAGAACCUGUGGAGCCGUCGGAUCCAUGCGCCGUCGGAAGAGCGUUGUGUCCAUCGAUGCCGCCAGCGGGAAAACGAGCCUGCAAAAGCCGACGUUGUUUUCGUCGGAUGACUUGCAGUAUCUUGUCUAUUGCGAGAGCUGCAAAAACACGUGGUGCGAAUUGUGCUUGACCAGGGUGUACGACGACGAAAUCUGUACCGUGAUCGGCGGCUCUGGUAGCAAGAACGGUGCGAGAAAGCCCGGGGCGAAGACGAGGCACACCGUAUCCAGCCACAAGCGAUUGUGCAACCCGAAACCGAUCCUAAAGUUCUGCAGUCGCUACAAAGCCGCCUCCGAAGAGAUCCAGGAAAARGUCUCGUCAAAAUACCCCUGGAUCGAAUCGUACAGCCAGUUCUGUCAGGAGGACGGGGCGGCCCUCGAGUACGUGCUGAACCAUGGCCAGCGCUGUCCGAACUGCCAAACGGGUGUGGAGCGCAGCGAGGGCUGCUUCCACAUGAAGUGUCCCACGUGCGCGACGCACUUUUGUUACGAGUGUGGGACMGAGCUCUUUCCGCCGUACUACGGGACCCACCACUGCUGGGAAGAAAGCGGUGGCGGGGCCGGCGAAGACGAUGACGAAAACGGGGAGGACGGGGGAGCCUACAACAACAACAACAACCACAAUAACUUUGCGUAUUACGACGCCGACGAGCAGCUGGCCGCGGCGUUGCAAUGGAUGCAGGAGUAUUGAUAUGGCGCGUCGGAGCGGUUGCUUCGGCCGUCGUCCUCGGAUCCAUUGSCGUUGGAUAGAUAAAAACGAAAAGUCAAAAYUGAGGAACGAACUAGAAAGAAAGGUCUUGYCGUCAAUAACAAUAUUCGAUGGAU